AUGACUCAAACAAACUUAAAAAAUUCUUUUUUCAGAGGUUUUCCAUGUAAAAACUCCAAAGCUUUAUUUGGCAGCCCUUUACAUAUGAAUUCUUUUACUCUGCUCAAAUUUAAUUUGGCAAUUACUGAUUUUGCUAUUUUACUUGUUCACGCACUUGGAAAAUUAAUUUGGUUAUUGUCUUAUCGUUGGUUAUUUGGAGAUAUUGGUUGUAGACUUUAUCAGUUUCUCUCUGCUUUUACUUAUUAUUCCAAUUCUAAUGUUGUUGUAGCUAUUGGUAUUGAUAGGCUAAAGGUCGUUUAUUCAAGCCAAGUUCAAGGAAGCAAUGGUUCUUCAAUCCGUAGGGUACGGCUUUUCUUGGGAAUAGCUUGGGCCUUAGCCUUUAUUUGUGCAUUGCCCCAAAUUUUUUUCUGGACAAAUUUUGAAUUAAGCAAAGGAUGGUCUCAAUGUACAACAAUUUGGCAGGUGUGUGAGGAUAUUUAAAUUAUAUAAUGAUAAAUUUGUGAUAGAAUAGUUAACUAGUGGAAGAUAAAAAUGAGAUGGUAAUUUAGAGAAAUGUCGAUCAAG